AUGAACACUUUUUACCUAGCUUCGAGAUUCCCACGAGUGGGAUCAAGCUUCUUCCGAGACCUUCGACAGCCUCUUCGAGCAUCGAGAACCGCAGCUCGAAAUAUUUCCAACACCACCACCAGGCGAGCCCAGUAUGCCUCACCGUGGGAAGCUGCUCGGGCUGAGGCUCGGAAGAAGAACCAAACGACCAUGUACUACGGCCUCAGUGCGGGCAUAUUGUUGCUCGCCCUCUCAUAUGCGUCGGUCCCUCUAUAUAAAAUGAUUUGCCAACAGACAGGCUGGUCAGGUCAACCGGUCAAAGCCCACGACGGUUCGGGUGACCCAGCAGUCCGACUCAAGCCAGUCGAAGACCACCGCCGCCUCCGCAUCACCUUUCAAGGCUCCGUGUCCGAUAUUCUCCCUUGGAAGUUCACACCUCAGCAACGUGAAGUCCGCGUCCUGCCCGGCGAAACCGCAUUGGCCUUUUACACGGCCACGAACAAAAGCGACGCAGACAUUAUUGGCGUAGCGACAUACUCUGUCACUCCGGCGCAGGUGGCACCGUAUUUCAGCAAGAUCCAAUGUUUCUGUUUCGAGGAGCAGAGGCUGAACGCAGGAGAGACGGUCGAUAUGCCCGUGUUUUUCUUCAUCGAUCCGGAAUUCGCAAAGGAUCCGAACAUGAAAGGAAUUGAGACGAUCACGUUAAACUAUACAUUUUUCAAGGCCCGUUACGACAAGAAUGGUGUUUUGACUACGAUCCCUAUGGGUAUGGCAGCUGCUUGA